UGACACACACAGCGGAGGUGAAUCGCUGACACAUUUCCACGUUCACUUGGAUAAAAACCACGUCGUUAUCGGACCUUCAGCUAGUUUAUCUUUGACGUGCAAGAGAGACAUCUUCGAUAACCUAUACGAGAAUGACGCUGAAUUUAUGUGUGGCGCUUUUGAGUUGUACACUGUUGUUAGCAUUCUGUCGUUGUGGAAAUACUCUUCUCUGCUAUCAAUGUGCCGCAGGUUCUGAGAAUGAAUGUAACAAUAACCAAAAUCUAACCUCGUGUAAAGCUGCCAAGCACCUUUGUACCACAGCAAUAUUUUCGCACUCGAACAACGAACAUACCUACUCAAAAACUUGCUUACCACCAUUUUUUAUCAACGGAUACUGCGAAACAAUAAACAAGUCAAGACCUGUGUAUAAUUGUUCAAUUUCCUCUUGCGAUAAGGAUUACUGCAAUGGUCCACCACCUACAACACCAUCUACAACACUAGCUACAAUCGCAACCACAACUGAUAACAAGAUUCCCACUAAAGACAUGAAUAACCAAGAAUCAACAGCCUCUCCAAAAUAUACUACUGUCCGGUCUGGAAGCCCAUCCACAACUUUUGGCUUAAGCACUUCGGGAAUUACAAUAGUCUCUUUAGCUCUUUGGAACAUUUUAGAGAUAAGUUACAUCAGUUAACUUAAUACGAUUCAGCCGAAUGUUGAUGGAAUGUUAAUUCUGUUACAGUGAGAUUUAUUAACACUUUAAACCCAAGGGGUGAUCAGCAUCUAAUUUCUCCUUUCUGUAAUAAGGCUAAUUCACUUUUUAAGAUUAUGAGGAUAACGAAAAUGAUCACUAACCUAUGAAGCUCUGAUUGUAAAAUAAAUUCUCGAUAUCAGUACCAUAAGGAUUGUAAAGAUGAGAGACUGGAGAAUGUGGAUACUAUUUAUAAGGUGUUAAGGGUAAAACGUUGACCUAUAUGUAACCAGAACAUAACUUACUUAUAUAUAAAAUCAUCCUUACAGUAUUUAAAAGUUUAUAAAAGGUUGACCAGGAAACAAGGCGGGCUUUUUUGUGUGUGACAUGUUUCUUUGAAAAUGGGUAUCAGUAGUUAUUUCGCCUCGCUGCAUCAGUUAUGAUUACUUCCUCUUCAUUUUUUGUCUUCAUUAAGCAGUGAAAGUCAAAAGUGAAUUCACCAGAUAUGUUUACUAUGAAAUAUAAUUCAAGUCUCGCAUGUAAAACUAAGAAGAACCGAUUUCUACUUGACUUCAAUCUGGACAAUAACACUCAAGUCAAUUAUUUUUCUCAAUUUGGCGAAGAGGAUUAUAACUACGGUAAUCUAGCCGUGUGUGUCAGUAAAUGGUCUUAAUCACGUCGACGUUGUAUUUAAAAUAUCUAUAAUCUAAGUUUAUAACAAGUUCUGAUAGUCUUUUUAAAUCGAACUUAUUAACGUUCUUUUUGAAAGGCCAGAGGAACCCGAAUACAUUUCCUCAGCGAAAGGGUGUUUUGUCUUUUGUAUUAAGUCUAACCAAUUUUUUCUCAGAUGUACAUAUCUAGGGAACAUGCAAGAUUAAAUCGAAUUUAACAGCCUUGA